CAAAGCCUAGACGAUUUGACGGCAGCUGGAUUUGUUGCUUUGGCUGAAAUUUUGUUGAUUUAAUUCUUCUGUGACGUUUUACAACUGGUGCUCUUUGAAACUUUUCGUGGCUAAGAUAAGAUAGUCGGAAAAAGGAUCUCUGGCCCUGUAUUGAAGGCACAUCUCUCUUCAUACUACAUACUCUUCCGGUUUAAAUAAAGGCAGAGUUUCCACACAAUGGCUGAAGAACAACCAGCUAAAGUUGCAGGAAAGGCCAGAAAAUCUUCAAAAACGAGCCCAAUUGCUACGGCCAACGAUAAGACAGACGAAGAGUUUAUCAGGGAUUAUUUAAAGCCAAGCCAAGGAUGGACAUUAUGGACGCAUCCCCUCACAAAACAGAGCUACUCCCUUGAGCUUCUAUCACCGCAUAGUCUCAGCAAAGACGACUUCAAGGCUUGCUUCGACAUCAUCGAGUCUACCAGCGGAGAGGACUAUAAGAGCGCCUCGGUAGGAUGGCAUCCCGCCAUGAAAAAGAAGGAGAUGAAGUCGCCGGACUUGCGAUAUAUCCUGGUCAAAGACGAAAGCGGCACAGUUCAAGGGUUUACAUCACUGAUGCCUACAUUUGAGAAUCACGAGCCUGUGCUGUACUGCUAUGAGGUGCAUUUGUUACCUGACCUACAGGGCUCCGGUCUCGGCAAGCACCUCAUGAACUUCCUCAUCACCAUCGCAGAAAACAUCCCUUCCACCAAAAAGGUUAUGCUUACAUGCUUCAUCAGCAACCCCAACGGCCUUCGGUUUUACGAAAGGAUUGGCUUCACCAAAGAUGAUUUUUCUCCUAGGGAUCGCGUGCUAAGAGGCGGCAAAGUUGUGCGCCCUGAUUAUGUGAUUCUGAGUCGUGAGACGGCACGUGGCGGUUCGGAGGGGCUUGUGGAUGGGGAGUUGGAACGGGAGGAUGGGAAUUAGAAUGUUUUAGACUAGACAUGUUGAGCGAUGAAUUCAGACUAUAUGUAUGGUCUCAAUACAAGCAAGAGGCAAAUUAAUGCCGUCUAGAGGUGCAGUCUCAAUACAAGGCUUCGCAGAGCACCCACAUAUAGCAAGAAAAAAAAUUUCACAGCAUGGCUCGC